AUUUUAAUCAUCCCAGCUACUGUUCCCGUCCUUUCACGGAUCUUGAGUGGAGCGGUGACUGAACAAGGCUUGUUGCCUACCGGAGGCGUGCACAUCCUUCCUCCAAAUGAGGUUAUUGAAGUUACGCUGCGAGCACUUAACGGGCUUGAAAAUGGAGGCCCGCAUCCGUUUCAUCUGCACGAGAACACCUUCUACGUCGUGCGCAGUGCAGGCAGUUCAACUUACGAUUUUGUAAACCCCGUCCGUCGGGACGUGGUCAGUAUUGGACAAGCUGGGGACAGCGUCACCUUUCGUUUCACGACGGACAAUGCGGGCCCGUGGCUUUUGCGCUGGUGA